AUGGGACUGCUGAUGUUGCCGCCCUCCUCACGGCGAGGUAGCGGCGGGUUGUCUCCUGGUAGCGUGACACCGCGGACCUUGGCUGUCACCAUGGGUCUUGUCCUCCUCCUCCUAGCAGCAGGCUUCGACUCAGCGGAGGCCGUCCUCCCCACGGGGGAGCUCCGACUAGCGGACGGGAGCACGGCCUACGCGGCCCCGGCGUGGUUCGGCCUCCAGCUCCCAGAGGAGAAAGAGGCGACGCAUCUCCCGCUCCGGGUUCCCAAGAGCGACGCCGACGGGUGCGGGAAGGUGACGGUGGAGGAUCCACCCGAGGGCGGGGGCGGGUUCGUGCUUCUGGUGGAGAGGGGCAACUGCUUCUUCGACGCCAAGGCGCUCGCGGCGCAGGAGGCCGGUGCCGAGGGGCUCGUGGUCAUGAACUCGGUGGAAGGCAUCUACCAGGACAAUAGCGCGGCCACCGACAAGUAUGACUACGAGUGCGACAACGGCGAGGGUUGGGUCAAAGACCUCCAGACCCCGGUGUGGGACCCGCUCAACACCGACGAGGCGUGCUGGUCCAACGACGCCUGUGACUCAGGAGUGUGCGUCGUGACCAACGUCACCGAAGCAACCUUGGGGACAAAGGUGUGCUGCGCGUGGGAUAUGUACAUCACUAUGUACAGCUCGGACCCGGAGACGUCGGACAAGGUUGGCAUCCCGUCCGUGUACGUGACGAUGAAGGAUGGACAGGCUCUGCUGGAGGCUGGCGAGGUCGAUGUCGAGAUCUUCAACCGCCCUCGCAGCUAUAUCAACCUGAGCUCUUUCCUCCUGUGGGGCUUGGGUGUGGCGACCGUGGUGUGGGCAAGCGUGAAGAGCGGCGAUGAUCUCCGGAGACGCUCCAACAGCAAGUCAGGGGACGGGUCGUCAGGGGUGGUUAACUACGGGGGUGACUCGCACGAAGAAUCCCCGUCCUUGGAGCUAGGGGUUCGACACACUCUGGCGUUUGUGGUGUUCGCCUCGGGGAUGCUGCUGCUGCUCUUCUUUUUCAACCUGGGGCUGGGGGUGACCCUCAUGUUCUGCCUGUCGGCCUCUACGGCCACGUCUGCGAUCGUAGUGCUGCCCCUCAUGCGAUGGGCCCGCGCGACGCUUGUGGACUACGGCUUUCUCUGGAGUGACGGCGACGGCGGCACUGUCGACUGCUACUGCUUGGGCGUCUUGUCCGGGCUGGAGAUUGCUUCCACCAUUACAUCCAUGGGUCUAGCGCUGUGGUGGCUAAUCGUCCGAAACACAACCAGUUACGCCUGGGUGCUUCAGAACCUGUUCGGGUGUUGCCUGUGCGCCACCUUCCUCUCCACCAUCCGUCUUCCAAGCAUCAAGGUGGCCACCUUCCUGCUUUGCCUAGCUUUCUUGUACGACAUAUUCUGGGUGUUUCUGUCCCCCCAGCUGUUCGGUGAGAGCGUGAUGGUCAAGGUGGCCACCGGCGGGGAGAUCACCCAAGACCCCACGUUCUGCGAGAAGUAUCCUACUUCCGACGGGUGCCAGGUCGAAAGCCUCCCGAUGUUGCUGGAGCUCCCCCGGCUGUGGGAUUACACCGGAGGUUACGCGAUGCUUGGCCUGGGUGACAUCGUCAUCCCUGGCCUGCUGCUGUCCUUCGCCCACCGCUACGACCUUUCUGUGGGACUUCACUGGGGCAAGGGAUACUUUGUCUUUAUGGUCGCCGGCUACGCGGUGGGGCUGCUGAUGGCCAACAUGGCCGUCUAUGUAAUGUCAAUGGGUCAGCCGGCACUCCUGUACCUAGUCCCGUGUACCCUUGGGCUGUUCCUGUUCCUGUCGUAUAACGACGGCACUCUGCGCAUGAUGUGGGGCGGGCCCCCUUCUCUGAGCACGGAGCACGCGGGCUACGAUGGGCUAUCGAGCAGUGACGGGAACUUAGACAGGGGCGCCAAGCCUGGGCAGGGGAUGGGGGACGAGCGACAACAUCAGCGGUGGAUGGGGGGCGGGGGCGGGGGGGGGCUGCCCGACUCGGGGAGCAGCCGUGACCCACGGGGGUGGGGCGUGGAGCAACAUUCUGCGGAGCCCCUAGCCUCCUCCGGCUGGCGUGGAAGCGGGGGUGUCGUGUGAUGACAAACAACCGCCGACGCCGUCGCAAAAGUUGCCAGCGAGCAUCGUGUCCUCUGAUCCGGGGUGUGUGUGAAAGCACACGGUAACCACCCCCCGUAACAUGACGUCACGAUCCACGCCUCGUGUUCGCGUUGUGUGUUUUGUUUUGCUUUGUGUCGGGGACGACGGAAGCGCGAGUCCCGUCAAACACAAUAAGAGGGGAUCCCGCAUGGUAUCUAUGUACCCUUGGCUACAUUGUAUCUACGGGGCUUACUUGGAGUUGUUGGUCUGGCUGGAUUGUAUAUUUCUGACAGUUUGUUCUGUUGAGGAGCGGGGGCAUGGGGGAGCAGCAGUUACUGGCGCUGAGGGAAGGCGAAAAGGGCCGCCCUUGCCCCUUUGAGAAUUGUUCACAUCUUGUCGUUCCUCGUGUGUGUUUUAAUUGGAAGGUAGUUUUUGUGAGGUGUCGGCAGCAGUAAUCGUCUCAUCCUGAGUUUAGAUGAAGGUAUCUUGAAGGUAUCUUGGAUGGGACGCAACUAACGACCGUAAUAUAUUUCGCGGGGAAAUGGUGCUGCCAUUUUUCGGAGAAGAGUUUUUUCAGAGCAAAAAAGAAAAAUACUUGGUUCGACAAUGAAUGAUUCGCCCACCGCGGGGAAGCCUGGGAAGGGUGACUGACCCUGGUUUGGAAAGCCAUUUUUGUAGGUUGAUCCUGAGUGCGCCGCUUAGAUUGUCGAGAAUAUUCACGGUGAAAUUGAUGCGCGCAGCGGUUGGGGGAUGCCGCGAGCGCACGAUAGAGGUUCGCCAGGCAUGCCCCGAGGUGUCUCCGUUUCCUGUAUAGUCAGGCUAAGCGGGUUGGUGUACGCUUGAGUAUCGAUUUUUUUGUUUUGUUUGGCCGGCGGCGGUCACCAUGCGCUUGUCGGACUCUCCGGUAACUACCGCGGUUGACGCCUUUCCCAGCUUCACCUUACGAACGUCGGCGUUUGAUACUCCUCGUCACGAGAGACACAGAGCAUCACCAGGCACAUGAUCGCAUCUCUUGGUAGGUCAAGUCUCAUCCAUGGAUGGAGUGAUGUUUCAUGUUAAAAAAUAAAUUUAUUGUUUU